GCAUCUCCUUUUCAGGGAGCUCAUCACCCAAGAACUCCAAAGUUAAGCGUGCUUGCACGGGAGUAGUCUUGGGAUGGGUGACCCCCUGGGAAGUUUCUCAGGGCGCGCAUGAGUGAGGACAAAGUGCGCGGUAAAGGCUCGUGGUGGUUUGUGGGGACAGUACUAGAGGUCUAGAGUAACUACCUCGGGUCCGUGUGGGGCCCGGGGGUGUUACACCCCCCACCAACGGUCACUACACGUGGCACUCUCCCAAUGGCCGCAUCAACGGCCACCAAUGGGAGGCCACCACGACACCAACGGGCCAGGCCCAAGCCACAUCAACGGACUACUGGCAAAUCAGACUCUACGGCCUACACACGCUCAACGGCUUUACAACUGCCAGCAAGCGCCCACAACGUCCCACUUACUCACCAAGAUCACAAAUGCCACACAAUAAGAAGAUGGCAACGGCCAGGUACGUGACGGCCACAGAACAAAGGGAACAAAUAGCCCACAGCCUUCGGCUCCUCGUAAUAACCCUUGAUGAUAACUCUCUACAAGCGAUCUGCGCACAAGGGUUCUCCCACAGGGUUACCUUGGCCAGAAAAUCGCCAUGAGAGUUGGAUUCAGGGGGACUACGGCGAGACCGCUUCGGCCAGAGACUCAAGCAACUCCUUCACCCCUCACACUCUUCGGCCUGAAGCAGUGGGGGACUGGGGGACUACACCGGCCUCAACAAAACAAAAGAGUGCGAACAAGGUAACCACAAAGCAUGGCCACAUCAUCCAUACAGCACAACGGAACUUCAUCGGCCAAAGGCCCAUAACGUCACUAGCAACGGCCAAACAAGCCACUAGAGGCAAGGACACUCAUCGUCCUUUGCUAACAGAAUCUUGACGGGCUCUUCGGCCAAAAACACGAAGGCCAACCAGCAACGGCCAAAAGGAGUGCGCAAACACCCUCAUCGGCCGCAUAAAGGAAAUAAGGCCAUCGUCUUCAAAGCAAGGAACAACCCCAACGGCUACACCGGCCCAAACAUAAACUUCAACCACCAACGUCCAGGAAAGGGAAAGCGUGCCUUCAACGUCCACCAUUGAAGGAAGGACAGUCAUCGUCCCAAAACAAAUUAAGGAAACAACGGCCUCCCCGCCCACGGCAAGGAACAGGUAACGGCCAAAGCACAGAACAGGAUCACCAAAGAGGAAACAACGCCAACGCCGCAACGACUAACGGCCUGGAAAUGCCCGCGUCGGCCAAAAGCAACAAAGCACAGAAAUCUACUCUCCUUCACUUCGUCUACGUCUCAGCUUAGAGAGUGGGGGACUCCUGAUGGAGUAUAUGAGUCUGAGCCCCAGGACCCACAUACUCGGAAGACCUCCCAGAAUCAAGUCCUACACUUACUCAUUUGUACAGCCCAUUAGAGGCUUUGUAUUCGGCCCAGUAG